GCCGCCUCUCUCUUGACUUCUCUGCUUCUUUCUCACAAAUGCAUCUCAGGAGCCAUCAGAAGGCCUUCUUGGAGGAUCUGACUUCAGAACAAUCUUUAGAACCAUGAACCUCCAACGAUGCGGGACUCGCAUUCUGCGACCUCAAUCGGUCUCCCUCCGCCAACCCCGCAUACACACGACUCAAAGAUGGUCGUCCUCUAUCUCCCAAAGACCUGGAGCCGCAGGUGUACAUUUCCCCGGUGCGGUGAACAGUAAAUUCACCUCUGACCUCUCCUUCGAGCACCCUUCAACCUACCCCGCAAUCCCGACCUACCGGGCCAUGUCCCCCGACGGGGACAUAAUCUCGCCCACGCUGACGCCCCCUUCCGACGAGCUCUCGCUUUCUAUGUAUCACAAUAUGCUUUCCGUGAGCAUCAUGGACGUCAUAAUGUUCGACUCGCAGCGCCAAGGCCGCCUUUCCUUCUACUUGACGAGCCAAGGGGAGGAAGGGACGUCCGUCGGAUCUGCGAGCGCCCUGGAGAAGGAAGAUGUGAUAUUCAGCCAGUACCGAGAGGCCGGGAUGUUUAUGCAGCGCGGGUUCACCUUUGCGGAUUUCAUGAGUCAACUGUUUUCGAAUACUAAUGAUAUGGGGAGGGGGAGGAAUAUGCCCGUGCAUUAUGGAAGCAAGGCUCUUAAUAUGCACACCAUCUCUUCUCCCCUGGCAACCCAAAUCCCACAAGCAGCAGGCGCAGCCUAUGCCCUCAAAAUCCAACGCCUCACCAACCCCAACAUCCCACCCCGAAUCGUAGCCUGCUAUUUCGGCGAGGGCGCCGCCAGCGAAGGCGAUUUCCACGCCGCGCUCAACAUCGCCGCGACGCGCUCCUGCCCCGUGGUUUUCAUCUGCCGCAACAACGGCUACGCCAUCAGCACCCCGACGCUCGAGCAAUACCGCGGCGACGGCAUCGCUAGCCGCGGCAUCGGGUACGGGAUCGACACCAUCCGCGUGGACGGCAACGACAUCUUCGCGGUGCGGGAAGUGACGAAGCGCGCGCGGGAGCUGGCGCUCACGGACGGCGGCAAGCCCGUGCUGAUCGAAGCCAUGUCGUACCGGAUCUCGCACCACAGCACGAGCGACGACUCGUUCGCGUACCGCGCGCGCGUCGAGGUUGAGGACUGGAAGAGGCGAGACAACCCGAUCACGCGGCUGCGCAAGUAUCUCGAGAAGAAGGGACUGUGGGACGAAGAGAAGGAGAAGGCGGCCCGGGCCAGGAUUCGCAAGGACGUCCUAAAGGCGUUUGCGGAGGCGGAGAGGGAGAAGAAACCACCGCUGAGGAGUAUGUUCGAGGAUGUUUAUGCGGAGAUGACGCCGGACACGAAGAAGCAGAUGGAGGAGUUGAGGAGCGUGAUUGAGAGAUACCCGGAUGAAUAUGAUGUAGCAGAGUUUGAGGGCGGGAAAGAUAGUUUAUCCAAAUAAGUGAAGAAUUACUUACUUAUAUCACAUUGCCAUGUAGAUAAAUACAUGAAGUUCCAACCAAAGAACCACGAAAUGGGAGCCCACAAAAGAAAAACAAAAUCCAU